CCUCUCCCAACAACUGCCUUUCAUCACUGCUUAGCUCCAGAGAAGUGGCUUGCAGGAUCAGCAUACUUCAAUUGGCAGAAUACAACCUCUUCACCUUCUCAUCCUCCGCAAGUACUCAAUUCUCCGGAGACGCAAGUUCCGGCAGAAAAAGCAACAUCGGCCAAGCAUCUCCGCCCACUCUGCACAUCGUAACCACAACCCAACACAUCUCCACGAACAGCAACAGCACAACCGCCAAAAUGGUGCAAGCAGACUCCCUCUCGGCCUGGAAAGCCCUUCAGGACCACCACAACAAUGUCGGCAAAUCCUUCGUGCUAAAAAAAGAAUUCGAAAAGGACCCUUCCCGCUUCGAAAAGUUCAGCUUCACAUUCGACAAUACAGCCGACGGGAGCGAGAUCCUGUUCGACUUCUCCAAGAACUUCCUUACUGCACAGACAUUGGGCUUGCUCGUUGAUGUUGCGAAGGAGGCGAAGAUUGAAGAUUUGAGGGAUGCGAUGUUUAGGGGUGAUAAGAUUAACUUUACAGAGGAUCGGGCCGUGUUGCAUACUGCGUUGAGGAAUGUCACGAAUGAGGUUGUGAAGGUUGAUGGAAAUGAUGUUAUGCCGGGUGUCAAUAAGGAGUUGAAGCAUAUGGAGGAGUUUAGUGAGGCGAUCAGGAGUGGAGAGUGGAAGGGGUAUACGGGCAAGUCAUUGACUACGAUUAUCAACAUUGGUAUUGGUGGCUCGGAUUUGGGCCCAGUCAUGGUCACCGAAGCGCUUAAGUACUACGGCGAUCGCAAGCAGACUCUCCACUUCGUGUCUAACAUUGAUGGCACGCACAUGGCUGAAGCACUCCGCGAAUCCGAUCCAGAGACCACCCUCUUCCUGAUUGCAUCCAAAACCUUCACAACAGCCGAGACAACUACCAAUGCCAACUCAGCCAAAACCUGGUUCUUGGAGAAGACAGAUGGAAAGGGAGAUAUCGCCAAGCACUUCGUUGCCCUCUCUACCAACGAGGGCGAAGUCACCAAGUUCGGCAUCGACGCUAAGAACAUGUUCGGCUUCGAGAGCUGGGUUGGCGGCCGUUACUCUGUCUGGUCCGCUAUCGGUCUCAGUGUUGCCAUCCAUAUCGGAUUCAAGAACUUCCAUUCUUUCUUGGAGGGCGCUCAUGCUAUGGAUAUGCAUUUCCGUACCGCCCCUCUUGAGAAGAACAUCCCCGUUAUUGCAGGCCUCCUGAGCGUGUGGUAUUCUGAUUUCUACGGUGCCCAGACUCACUUGGUUUCUCCAUUCGACCAAUAUCUCCACCGUUUCCCCGCCUACCUGCAGCAGCUGUCUAUGGAAUCCAACGGUAAAGCCGUCUCCCGCGCCGGUAACACCUUCGUUAAGUACACCACGGGCCCCAUCCUGUUCGGCGAGCCCGCCACCAACGCCCAGCACUCCUUCUACCAGCUGCUGCACCAGGGCACCAAGCUCAUCCCCACGGACUUCAUCCUCGCCGCCGAAUCGCACAACCCGAUCGCCAAUAACAAGCACCAGAAAAUGCUUGCCAGUAACUUCCUCGCUCAAGCCGAAGCUCUUAUGGUCGGCAAAGACGAGGAGCAACUCAAGGCUGAGCAAACUGCAGAACCGCUUCUUAAGCAUAAAACGUUUUUGGGGAAUAGACCAACUACCAGUAUCCUGGCGCAGAAAAUCACACCCGCUACGCUGGGAGCUUUGAUUGUUUAUUACGAGCACGCUACUUUCACGGAGGGUGCGGUCUGGGAUAUCAAUUCUUUCGAUCAGUGGGGUGUUGAGCUGGGCAAGAGUCUCGCGAAGAAGAUCCAGGGGGAGCUGGAGGAGGGUGCGGGCAAGGGGGAGCAUGAUAGCAGUACUGCGGGCUUGAUUGAGGCUUUUAAGUCCAAGUCGAAGGGGAAGCUGUAAAUGCGAACGUUGUUGAGCCGCUUCUGUUGAGAGGGUUGGGAAGUUUGUGAAUAGGAGGAACGAGAGGAACAGAGGAACGAGAGGAACAGAGGAACGAGAGGAAAGUG